AUGUCUGACACGUCUGAUGAUGACUUAGUGCCACAUAAUUUUCACAAACCAAAUUAUGGCUCAUACAAUAACAUGAUGAAUUCAAACUUUAACAUGCCAAACCGAUUCAUGGCUUUUGAUCAAAGAAGUAUGUAUUCUAGAAAAGAGACUUCGCCGAUGUCUCUGAGAAGUUUCCCUAAUUCUAGAAUGCAGUAUCAACAAUCAAAUCCUCAAAGUGCUAUGAGUUUCCGGGGAUCUGUGAAUAAUGGGAGAUGUAGAUCACCCAUGUGCGGGAGCUGCAGCUCCAACACAACUGUGAGUGCUGUAGAUAUAGCAUUAGCUUUAAAAAAUUAUAAAUUUAAUAAAAAUGAUGAACGAAUGAUAAAUGAAGCCUACAACACAUUUAAAAAAAGUCAGAUGCGGAAAAGAAUUGCUAAGAGGAGAAACUUAAAGUUUUUAAAAUUCUGCAGAAGAAAUUUAGAUGGUGAGUCAGGAGCUGAAGGAAGUAAUUCUUCACUAAGUAGUGAUGAUUGUAGACCAACUAGAUCAGCAGUUUAUACACGGAACAUGCCAAAAGCUGUUGCAAGACCGCCAAGGAUGGAUUUGAAUAAAUUUACAACACAAGUGAGGGAAAAUAACAAUUACACAGACUGUACAGAAAACUUUGGACAGAAUUCUUUUAGGAAUUUACUAACUACCCAUAGCAGAAAUGUUAAUCAUAGUUUUAUGCCUCAUCAUAAACAGCAGAAUGUUACACAUGACAAUAGAUACCCUAAAGUAUCAGAAACACGAAAAGAUCAAUGCAGUGAAUCGCAAAGUGCAUCAGUUGUGACCCUAAAAGACUGUCUAGCAAAAGAUACCUCACUACUUCUACCAAUUCAAAGGUUUAACAUGUCUAAUGUGAAUCCAACUUAUGAAAUAUCUUACAAAGUUAAAUCAAAAACGGCUCCACAGAAAGAAUCUGCAAGUAACAACAGAAUUGAAGAAUCAGAUAUUGAAAGUGAAGAGAUCUUACCACCGAGUACAAGUAGAGGCAAUCUAACACAUUCCAAUACAUUACAGAAGAAAAGAGCUCUUGAAACAGAGAAUAUUAGCUAUCCUGAAAGUAAGAGAAAAAAAUUAACUACAUCACCUGUGAAGCAAAAUAAAAUUGCAUCUUCAAAAAGAAUGAAACAGAUCACAACAAAUACUAAAAAAGACUUUAAUUUUAAGAAACCUCUUUUACCUGUACGAAAAUUUGGGAUUCUUAUGAGAGACAAUGAACCAGAAAUAUUGAUUGCAAAAUCAACUCAGCCUUUGGUUGGCAAUGUUGAACCAUUACCCCCACAGACGAAGCAAACUCCUCAAAUAGUUAUUUCAGAAGAGAAAUCAGACACCAAUAAGCAUACAAAACAACCAUUACAGAAUCAUGACACAACCAAUAACAACACUGUGGCUGAUACAAUGUACAACUCUACUAACGUGUCUAUGAAACCUAGUUUCACAAAACGAAAACUAUUUACACAAACACUGGACAUAGUUGAAAAUAAUGUUAGUAAUGACAACUCGGAUGUAAAUAGUCCCCAAACAAAGACAUUGCGGACGUGCAGAGAAAAAAAUAAAGUCAGAAAGCUUACACCACAGUCUUGUUUGAGCCGUGACGUUAGUGAUAACAAUUUCAUGGAUUUGUUACAUAAAUUCUUCCAGAAGAAAAAUCGAACUCGGAAUAAUACAAAUUUAACAAAUAAAAAGGAAACCAGUAAAUGUACCCAGAUGAAAGACAAAAAGUGGGAUGUCAUAUCUCUGACUGAUAUGGAUGAUAUAAGUGAGACUUUCACUGAUGAGGAAAUAUUUAAUGCCCUAGAAAAAGACAAGGGGAAAACAAAACAAGUAAAUAAGGACUCUAACAAAGCGCCGGAUUUAGCUGAUGUUCCAAAGAAAAACCAAAAAGCUCCUGCCUCAGUAUGCAAAGCAACAUUACAGAAAACAAAAGAAACACCUAAUGUGAUAGGAGACUACACUGAACUGAGUGAAAAACAAUAUCCAAAGAGGAGAACAGUGAAAAGUUUUUGGGAUACUGACUUUGAAAGUGACAUGGAGGACGUAGUAACUCAAACUUCACAAAAGAAAUUGGAGAAAGACCCAAUUCCUAGUGGCUCACAGUUUUUAAUGAAUGGUACGAAUAAAAUUGGUGCUAAAAAGAAACCUAUGGACACUACCUUACCUGAACGAAAUCCGUCCAAGCUAGGAAUAACCCAAAGCAUACAAUCUGAUGACACUCAAAAAUUAAAAAGUAAGAUGCUUGAUAAUAAUCAGCAAGAAAAUAAAGAGAAUAUAAAUGAAAAUAAAAAAGACAACAAACAAUAA